UUGGAGGCCCAGGGUCAGUAUAAAUAGAGCAAGACCGUGGGCAGCGCUUUCACUCCUGAGUUACAUUAUCUGCUUCUGCACCAUAUCGGGCAGACGGGAACACCAACAGAAGCAAAAGCUGGCAGGCUGACGUGACAAACAGCUUAACAGGACGGAUUAUCUGGUAACUGACCAUUUAGCUGUGACACACUCGGACUCCGUGUAAAAGUGGGAUUUCGACCAUGAGCUCCGUCGCCGUACUUACGCAGGAAAGCUUCAACGAGCACCGCAAUGGUCUCCUGCCCGAGCAGGUUGGCGUUGCCGGUGCGGGGCCUAGUGAGACCGGGGAUGAUGACGUUUGGCCAACCUACAAAGAUGCCUUUCCCCCUCUGCCUGAGAAGGCCACUUCACCUGAGGGAGUUCAGGAGCCAGGCAGUGCUUGGACAAAGAUUCGUCCUCUGAAAUCCUCUGUCAUCACCCAGGUUUUCCAUGUGCCCCUGGAAGAGCGCAAGUACAAGGACAUCAACCAGUUUGGCGAAGGCGACCAGGCCAAGAUCUGUGUGGACAUCAUGCACAAGACUGGCGCCCACCUGGAGCUCUCCAUGGCCAAGGACCAGGGCCUCUCCAUCAUGGUGUCUGGGAAGCUGGAUGCAGUCAUGAAGGCGCGGAAGGAGAUCGUAUCUCGACUGCAGACUCAGGCCACUGCCACCGUGGCAAUCCCGAAAGAACACCACCGCUUCGUCAUCGGCAAGAACGGGGAGAAGCUGCAAGAACUGGAGCUGAAGACCGCCACCAAGAUCCAGAUUCCUCGGCCAGAAGACCCCAGCAACCACAUCAAGAUUUCUGGUACCAAAGAGGGCCUGGAGAAGGCCAAGCACGAGAUCCUGCUCAUCUCUGCUGAACAGGACAAGCGUGCUGUGGAACGCAUAAACAUCGACAAGGUGUAUCACCCCUUCAUAACUGGUGCCUUCAACAAGGUCGUGAAUGAGAUGAUGCAAGAAACGGGCACUCGUAUCAACGUUCCUCCACCCAGCGUGAACAAGACGGAGAUCGUGAUAACUGGGGAGAAGGAGCAGGUGGCCCAGGCCGUGGCUAUGAUCAAGAAGAUCUUUGAAGAAAAGAAGAAGAAUGCUACCACCAUUGCAGUAGAAGUUAAGAAAUCUCAGCACAAGUAUGUCAUCGGCCCGAAGGGAAACACUUUGCAGGAAAUCUUGGAGAAGACUGGCGUUUCUGUCGAGAUCCCACCUUCCGAUAGCAGCUCUGAAACAGUCAUCCUCCGUGGAGAGCCGGACCGGCUGGGCCAGGCCCUCACUGAGGUUUAUGCUAAGGCCAACAGCUACACUGUGUCCUUAGUCUCGGCUCCUUCCUGGCUUCAUCGGUUCAUCAUUGGCAAAAAGGGGCAGAAUUUGGCCAAAGUUACUCAGGCAAUGCCAAAGGUGCAUAUUGAGUUUACCGAAGGGGAGGAUAAGAUCACUCUGGAGGGACCCACAAAGGACGUACAGCAGAUGCACUGCCAGAUUGAAGCCAUCGUUCUAGAUCUGGUGAGCCGCAUGGAUUAUGCGGAGAUCAGCGUGGAUCCCAAGUUCCACAGACAUCUGAUUGGGAAAGGUGGUGCUAACAUUAAUCGAAUCAAGGAGCAGCACAAGGUGUCUGUCCGCAUCCCCCCUGAUAAUGAAAAGAGUAACCUGAUCCGCAUCGAGGGAGACCCAAAAGGAGUACAGGAGGCCAAGAAGGAGCUUCUAGAGCUAGCAUCGCGCAUGGAGAACGAGCGUACAAAGGACUUGAUUAUCGAACAGCGUUUUCAUAGAGCCAUUAUUGGACAGAAAGGAGAGAAGAUUAAAGAAGUCCGGGACAAGUUCCCAGAGGUCAUCAUUAACUUCCCUGACCCUGCUCAGAAGAGUGACAUCGUUCAGCUACGAGGUCCUCGGAAUGAGGUUGAAAAAUGUUCCAAAUUUAUGCAGAAGAUGGUGGCUGAAAUGGUGGAGAACAGCUUUUCCGUUUCCGUCCCGAUCUUCAAACAGUUCCAUAAGAACAUUAUUGGCAAAGGAGGAGCAAAUAUUAAGAAGAUUCGUGAAGAGACCGGCACGAAGAUCGACUUGCCCGCAGAAAACAACAAUUCUGAAAUGAUCAUCAUCACCGGGAAGAAGGCAAACUGUGAGGCCGCGAGGAACCGCAUCCUCGCUAUCCAGAAGGAGCUGGCCAAUAUCACAGAGCUGGAGGUUUCAAUCCCCUCAAAACUGCACAACUCCCUCAUUGGAUCAAAGGGUCGCUUUGUGCGUUCCAUCAUGGAAGAGUGUGGAGGCGUGCACAUUCACUUCCCAACAGAGGGCUCUGGCAUCGACACCGUCACCAUUCGUGGGCCGGUGGAGGAUGUGGAGAAAGCAAAGCGGCAGCUGCUGUCUCUCGCCGAGGAGAAGCAAACAAAAAGCCACACAGUGGAACUACGUGCCAAGCCCGAAUACCACAAGUUCCUCAUUGGUAAGGGUGGCGGUAACAUCCGGAAGGUACGGGACAAUACCGGCGCUCGUAUAAUUUUUCCAACGCUGGAUGACAAGGACCAGGAGCUGAUCACUGUAGUGGGGACAGAAGAGGCUGUGCGAGAGGCAGAGAAGGAGCUUCAGAGCCUUAUUAAGAGCUUGGAUAAUGUGGUAGAGGACUUCAUGACUGUGGAUCCAAAGCACCAUCGCUACUUUGUGGCACGUCGUGGCCAGGUCCUGAGGGACAUCGCAGAUGAGUAUGGAGGCGUGAUGGUGAGCUUCCCUCGUACUGCAUCCCAAAGCGACAAGGUGACCCUUAAAGGAGCCAAGGACUGCGUCGCAGCUGCCAUGAAGCGCAUGCAGGAGAUUAUUGAGGACCUGGAUGCUCAGGUGACCAUGGAGUGUGUGAUCCCUCAGAAGUUCCACCGCUCUAUAAUGGGUCCCAAGGGAUCCCGCAUCCAGCAGAUCACCAGGGAUCACAUUGUGCAGAUAAAGUUCCCUGAGAGGGAGGAUCUCCAGGCUCCUGCUGCUGAGCCUCACAUCCAGGAAAAUGGGGAAGCCAGGGAUAAGGGCGUUACUGACCCUGCCACUCCUAAGAAGUGUGACGUCAUCGUGCUCUCUGGCCGUAAGGAACGCUGUGAGGCAGCUGUGGAGGCUCUUAAGGCUUUAGUUCCUGUGACAAUUGAGGUAGAAGUUCCAUAUGAACUUCAUCGCUACAUCAUCGGCCAGAAAGGCAGUGGAAUUCGCAAGAUGAUGGAUGAAUAUGAGGUAAACAUUCAAGUGCCUGCGCCUGAUCUGCAGUCUGACAUCAUCGCCAUCACUGGCCUGGCAAAUCAUCUAGACCGCGCCAAAGAAGGUCUCCUGGAACGCGUGAAGGAGCUGCAAGCAGAGCAGGAGGAGCGGGCUCUCCGGAGUUUUAGGCUAACCAUAAGCGUGGAUCCAAAGUAUCACCCCAAGAUCAUCGGCCGCAAGGGCGCUAUCAUCACUCAGAUCCGCAACGAACACGAUGUUAAUAUCCAGUUCCCUGAAAAGAAUGACGAGAAUCAGGACCAGAUCACCAUCACAGGGUACGAGAAGAAUACAAUCUCCGCACGUGAUGCUAUUCAGGCCAUUGUGGACGAGCUGGAAGAAAUGAUUUCAGAGUGCAUCACCCUAGACAGCAGAGUACAUGCCCGCAUCAUUGGUGCUCGUGGAAAGGGAAUUCGCAAGAUCAUGGAUGAGUUUAAGGUGGACUUAAAGUUCCCUCAGAGUGGUGCUGCAGAUCCCAAUGCUGUCAUCGUCACUGGGCACCCAGAGAAUGUCGAUGAGGCCAUUGAUCACCUCCUGAACCUGGAGGAGGAAUAUAUGGCAGAUGUGGCUGAAAAUGAAUCCAAGCAGGCCUACAUGAAGACGCGUGCUAGUGCAGCUGCUGCUACUAUGGGGGAUGAACCCAGGGGCCCAUCGAAAGGGUUUGUGGUGAGGGAGGCGCCGUGGGCCUCCAAUGAGGCACCGGAUAUGAGCAGCUCUGAGGAAUUUCCAAGCUUUGGGGCUCCAGUGACCCCGAAGUCUUCUCCAUGGGGCCCAAAGCGUUUCUGAGAAGGAAGAAUUGAAGGACGUGUUCCACCAAUCCUGCCCCCCCCCCCCCAACACGCACACAAGCUGGACUAACUGCAGACACUGACCCUCAUGCAUAUGUACACCCCCAUCUGAAACAUCGCAAAUAUCACCUGGCCACAGCUACCAGAAGGUCUUCUCCAUGCAAAUCAAAGGUUGUAGUCCUUAUUGUUGUCUAAUUAUUUCAUACUUUGGUCUUAACUCCAUUUCAUUUAGUACCUUUUUUUUUUCAAUUUUAAUUUCAAACUAAUUGGAUCACAGUAAAUCUUUUAAGCUUGAGUCCUGCACAACGGGUCACUACUUUUUGUUCUCUACCUGACUAUAAUUGCUCUUGGGGAACAAGGAUGUUGUCAGUUUCCAAUAGUAUGGAGACCUAACAGUUCAAUGUCCUAUAUCAUUGUGGUUGUGCGGUCUAUGACUGUUGCCAAGGCGAUGGGAGAAAGCUGUCAGGGUUGACUAGACUGCCCCUAUCUGAGUUGCCUUGGAAACAAAUUGUUACCUCUGAGAUGUGAAACCUUCCUUCGAUUUGCACUUUUAUGGAAGUGAAACUUACAGCUGGGCACCUGUCAAAGGCGGUGUCUGACCUGGAGCCAUACAGAAUCUGCCUUCAGCUACUGGCAUUGGCUGGGCGGCAGUGCUUUUGGGUUGGGGCGGGUUUGUCUUUAAGCAGGGCUUGAAUGAGAAUACUGGCUCUUGAACUUGUAUGCAGCUUUAAAGGUAUUGAAACUUCACUUGUCAUACACUACAGGAAUGUGCUUAACUUGAGCUGUACCUUAAGUUCCAGAACGGCCAGAUUGUCUCAAGUACACUAACUGCACGUGUUG